AAGAUGUGAUGUCAUAUAUAAACAGGGCUCUUUUCUCGUCUGCAGCGCUGGCUGGAAUCAGCAAAAAAAUUGUCCACGACAGCCAGAGUAUUCCGAUUAGGAAACCGGUCGAUCUUUCCUCGGCUUGAAGAGAAGGUCAUUAACGCCUUUACGUCGCCGACAUGAAGAUGAAUGCCUCAGGAGACAGCUGACAAUCCGAAAUCUCGCACGGUCAUUUUGACGAAGCUCUAGCUACUAGAAGAGUCGAGGUCGCCACUGUCUAUUUACAACUGCGCCGUCCGUAUUUUUCUCAGUUCCGGUCUUUCAGGACGACUUUUGCCAACUGUUGGUGAGGGAAAAUGUCGGCUGACUCGCCGAGGAGGGGGUCCAGGUCUGCUGGGACGGUGGUGAGGCCGCAAGCAGCUGGGGACAAGUCUUACAUGGAGAGUGUGGUGGACUUUCUCCAGGCAGUCCCACAGGCCUACAGUGGCAGCAAGACAGAAGACAGGGAGAAGAUCGUGUGGGCGAGAUUUGAGAGCACUGACGUAAACGAUAUCUCCUACAACUCAGAAUAUGCAGAGCACCGGUGCAGUGAGGCACCCAUCCUGCUCAUCAUAGGCUACAGCAAUGGGGUACAGAUAUGGAACCUACCAUCUUCUGGGGAGGCACAAGAAGUGCUGUCAAUACGACAGGGACCAGUCCGGGUACUUAGGGUUCUACCAACUCCCAUUACAGGGAACCAUCAGUCGGAUAGUUUUGCAGAGAAGAGACCACUUAUAGCUAUGUGUGAUGGAUCAAGUUCAACACAACCUUAUUGUACAGUGCACCUCACCAGCCUGAAGUCAGGAGAACAGGUUCAUUCCAUUGGCUUCAAGUCCCAAGUGUACGAUAUCCACUUCAACAAAAGGAUUGUAGUAAUUGCGCUACAGGAAAAAGUUGCAGCUUUUGAUGCCUGCACAUUCCAACAUAGGUUCUGGAUAACAAGUUGUUACCCCUGCCCAGGGCCUCAUAUAAACCCCCUGGCCCUGGGAACAAGAUGGCUGGCCUAUGCAGACAAAAAGUUGGUCCCCACGCAUCAGAGUCGAGGAGGGAUGACAGGCAAUGGGAUCCAGUCGUACGCUGCCACAGUUAUUAGUGCUGCAAAGACCAUCACCAAAGGGCUGUCGAUGUUUGGUGAGACGGUGGGUAGAUUGACAGGAAACAAGGCCCAGGCACCUUCAGAAGUCAAGAGCACCAGUCCCUCCAAAACAACCUUAAACAGGGCAGGCCUGGUCCCUGGUAUCAUCACUGUCGUGGACACUCUAGUGGUGGCUGAAGGAGAGGUGAAUGUACAAGACGACAAUGACGGUUCUGCGUUUGUGGCCCAUUUCCCCGCACACAACGGAGAACCCAUCGCAGCCAUGGAGUUUGACCCCAGCGGUCAGCUGCUGGUCACUGCAGAUGUCCUGGGACACACCUUCCACAUGUUCAGAAUUCUUCCUCAUCCCUGGAGCUCAUCACAAGGAGCUGUCCAUCACCUGUACUGCUUACACAGGGGAGACACCACAGCCAAGGUGCAGAAUAUUUCCUUCACCCUGGACAGUCGGUGGGUGGCAGUCAGUACACUAAGGGGGACAACACAUGUCUUCCCUGUCACCACAUAUGGAGGUCCUGUGAGUGUAAGGACACACACCUCAGCGCGGGUGGUGAACAGGGCCAGUCGCUUCCACAAGAGCGCAGGUCUGGAUGAGAUAGAACAGACCCAGACUGGCAGGCACAGUCCUGUCCCUGGGUCCUCAGGCAGCCCACAGGCUCCACCCAGCUAUCCCAGUAGCAGCAUAAUUAACAACAACUUGGAGAACUGUCGGCUGCCCCCCUUCCCCCACCCCACCGUCGUCACCCCUGCUGCACAGAUCAAGCAGCCCCUGGUGUUGAGCGGGAUCUCGGGGAGUUCUGCGGCGGGGAAACCCCAGCCUCACGGCUCCCCCAUCAAACAGGACAACAACCUGCUCUGUGUGGCGGCACAGUUUGCCAGCUCUAGGGGCUGGAGGACAGGAAAUCCCACAGCCUCCAGAGAAAAGGCUGACCCUGGAAAGCCGCUACCUGUCGACUCCCUGUACAUCAUCAGUUGCCAUGGUAACCUGAUGGAGCACGUCCUCGAUCCCCAACCUGUUGACAGCGUUCCCAAGAUGGAUGACGCGCCCAUCCAGCUCCUAACUCAACCCCUCGCACAAUGGAAUUUAAAAAGGUGUUCGACUUCAGCAGAGCUGAAACCCCCCCUCCCCAGCAACAGCCCCCUCAUCAUAGCCUCAGACAUCGUGGCUGCAGACAACGCAGCGAGCAUGAGUAACUCCAUGGUGACCAGGUACGACUCCUACGACAGUCUGUCAUCGGACCAGAGUAGUCAGGAAGACGACCACUGGCUCUCUCAGGUUGAGAUGGUGACACAUGCCGGCCCCCAUCGCAGGUUGUGGAUGGGUCCGCAGUUCUCCUUCAAGACAUUCCAGACCAACACGGCCGUCCUGUCCUCCAACUCCUCCGCUCUGCUGGGCCAGAGUCCCGACGCUAACACCGUGGACGUCCUGGCUGAGGAACUGGACCUGCAGAGUCUCAGAGUUCAGCCUGUGCGUUCCCAGCCGGUGCCCACCCCCCAGUCUGGUAGGACGUCCCACACAGCUCCAGGGUUUGAACCCCUAGGACACUCACCUGGUUCUAAUGCUGCUUCCAUGCCUCUUCUCAUAGAUUCUGGACCAGGAAGUUUUGACCGAGGUACGAGAGUAGUGGAGAUCUGUGGUAGCUGGCCAGAGUCAGGUCCCAUGAGGGGAGCCGAGGUGCUGGAGGACAGGCUCAGGGAGUCCAUCGCUGAUGCCAUGAUAGAAUCUCCAACUAAGGAGAGACCUUCUAUCCAUAGGACAGGUUCGAACUCCGGGCGGCGCGAGGUCCUACAACAGGAGGAUGUCCUCAGCAGUAGUUCGGGGUCCGGUGGCAGCGCCCCUCGCACGCCCGCCACGUUUGACGCCCGGUCCUCCCCGCCACACUCUAUAGACCACGUGAUGGUGUUCCCUCCUAGCACUGGAUCGCCUGACUGAGGUGCCCUGCAGGUGUCAGCUUGUACUCCCACUUCCCAGCAGCCUUCCCACAUGGUCAAACAGGUGCCUCUCCAGCAGGUGACACCCGCCACACCUGCACAGGUGCCAGCCGCGCACACAUCCAGCACCUGG